GGUUGCCACAAAUGCCCAAUAUUCUACCAGGUACUGUUAUAAAAAAGCCAACAGCGAUUCUACAUUCUGUAGUCGGAUCCAAAACGAAUGAUUCAUCCACAUCCGGGCCCGAGCCAGCAACCGAAUCUGCGCGAUCUGGAAAUGAAGAUUCAAAUACAAACGCUCUUGACCGGGCCAUGGAGUCAUUAACUGGAGAUAUAGUGAUAAUGGGCGGUUAUCGGGGGUCCAUUCUCCGUUCGACCAAGACGAAUCGACAGGUAUGGGUUCCCGUCAAGGUUGGUUUGAACCUCCGGAAAGUGGAUCUCGAGGUUGGCUUAGAGCCAGAGGACGAAGAACGGAUGUCGGAGUCGAUAUAUGCGUCUGGGAUGCUCCAGCAUAUCGGCCCUGUGGAUAUAUCUAGACGCCUGUUCAAGCGACUUCGUGAGUGCGAAAAUGCUCGUAACGGAAAGUUGCGAGUCUGGGACUAUGGCUACGAUUGGCGAUUAAGUCCGCAUCUUCUAAGCAAGAGGCUUGCUGAAUUUCUCGAGAAACUUCCAUCUAAUCAGCCAGGCUCUAAGCAAAAAGGCGCAGUGGUUAUUGCGCACAGUUUGGGUGGUCUGAUCACUCGCCAUGUUGUGAAUCAACGCCCAGAAUUAUUCUCAGGGGUUAUAUAUGCAGGAGUUCCACAGUCCUGUGUCAAUAUCCUUGGCCCUAUCAGGAACGGAGAUCCUGUUCUGUUGAGCUCGAGGGUCUUAACAGCGCAAGUCAACUUCACUCUCCGGACAAGCUAUUUACUACUCCCAGAAGAUGGCAGCAACUGUUUCGUGGAUAUAAACACGAAAGAGAAAUAUCCAGUGGACUUCUUCGAUAUUGACGAAUGGUUCAAAUAUCGCUUCUCCCCCUGCAUAGAUCCUCCAUUGCCCCCGCGGAAUUCUACUGGGGGUCUCGGUGGUAUUCUUAACCUGUCAGGCAGCUUGUUGAAUAUUCCAAUUCCGGGCAGGAAAUCUAUCUCUAGCAUCGUUUCACCGCACUCUUCAGGGUCACCCGAUGAAGAAAAUCGAGAACAGCAACAACCCCCCUCAAAGACUACCCGUGCAGCCGAUAUCCUCCGUGAUGCAGACCAAGGAAGAGAUCGAACAUUGGGGCCAACGAUGGGCACCAAUACGAAUCCCGUCAACAAAGGUCAGAGCAUAAACAGUUCUGUCUCAACAGCAGUGACAAUUCCGCGCGAUAAGGCUAUUGCCUACCUCCGGCGUACGCUUGCCGAAGUCAAGAAAUUCAAGGAAGAGCUACAUUUCAAGCCUGAGCUCGCGAAAUUGAACUUGUAUCCCCCUCUCGCCGUGAUAUAUUGCAAGUCGAUACCGACUUGCUGUGGUGCGAAAGUUGACGGGAGAGAGGGGAUUGCUUGUUCGGACGCGUAUGACAAUCUGGCUUUUGCUAGUGGCGACGGAGUUGUUCUAGCCAGGGAGGCGAUGCUUCCUGAAGGGUACAAGGUGGCAUACGGGGGAAGAGUAAAGAGUGAUCGAGGACAUGUUACAUUACUGGGAGAUUUGAACGCGGUUGGAAAGGCCCUCGAGGCGGUAAUCAAGGGAAGAGCGAAGGGAAUCGGUCUAGGAUUGGCAAUUGAGAGCGCUGCAUAGAGGUUAUAUAUAUACGUAGGGGGUUGAUUUCGAGUGUUUCAGAGAUACCACUGCAGUAAGACGUACGGACGGAAUUAAGAAUCUCGACUUUCAAGGUUCAGAUUAGACUAUUUCUCUUGGCUUAUGAUAUGCAAGGGAACUUGCAUUUGCAAUCCAC